AUGAAGCCUUUAAGUAUAAGGCCUUUUCUUUCGAGACCCUCUUCAACAAGGAGAUUAUGUAUAUUUCGAAAUUACGCUGUACAAUCCCCAGGAUCGCCCACAUUACAAGUUUUCGAUAGACAUACAAAAUAUCUACAAAAAGAACGUGCGGCUUUAGACAAGGAGAAAAGUAGACAAGUGGAUUACCUGAAGGAUGAGGUGGCCAUGCGACUUUCGGAAAGGUUAUUGGAUAUCAAUAGACAUUUUGAUCAUGUCUUAGACCUUGGAGCGAACUCAUGUAACAUAGCAAGAGCUCUGACUCUACCCGAUCCAGACAUCAACCCAUCGAAGCCUACGUCUCCUCCACUUUCCUCCCGCAUUACCCGUCUCACAGCCGCAGACUCAUCUCGGAAUAUGUUAUAUCGAGACGAAGAUUUACCGUUCAAUAAGGAAAUAAACCUCACACGCGAAGUGCUUGACGAUGAGGAAAGGUUGCCUUAUGAAGCAGGAACAUUUGAUGCAGUGUUGAGCUCUUUGAGUAUGCACUGGAUCAACGACCUUCCAUCUCUACUCGCACAAAUCAAUCACGUAUUGAAACCAGAUGCACCUUUCUUAGCAGCGAUGUUUGGUGGUGAUACAUUAUUUGAGUUGCGCACUUCAUUGCAGCUCGCAGAUACGGAACGAAGGGGAGGAGUCUCUCCACAUGUUUCUCCUCUAGCAGAUGUCAGAGAUAUUGGGGGAUUGCUACAGAAAGCGGGGUUCAAAAUGUUAACCGUAGAUAUUGACGACAUCAUUAUUGACUUUCCCGAUACAUUUGCCCUGAUGCAAGAUUUGCAACGGAUGGGCGAAAGCAAUGCCAUACUAGGAAGGGAGGCAGGUGCAAUCAAGAGGGAUGUACUUCUGGCAAACGAGGGAAUAUAUCGAGAAUUACAUGGAAACGAGGAUGGGACAAUACCUGCAACCUUCAGGAUGAUAUAUAUGAUUGGUUGGAAGGAAGGACCGAAUCAGGCACAGCCAUUACCUCGAGGUAGUGGAGAGAUCAAUAUCAAAGAUAUUCUUGGCGGUGGAGAGGUUAGAUAA